AUGACCUCUCGGGAGCAGCUGGUACAGCAGGUGCUCCAAGAGCUGCAGGAGGCAGUGGAGUCCGAUGGCCUGGAGGGUCUUGUCGGUGCCGCUCUGGAGGCCAAGCAGGUCCUGUCCUCCUUUACCCUCCCCACCUGCAGGGAGGGGGACCGCAGACCCCAGGUGCUGGAGGUGGACUCAGUGGCCCUGAGCCUGUACCCAGAGGAUGCUCCCCGGAACAUGUUGCCGCUAGUGUGCAAGGGCGAGGGCAGCCUGCUGUUUGAGGCUGCCAGCAUGCUACUGUGGGGUGAUGCAGGCCUCAGCCUGGAGCUGCGGGCCCGCACGGUGGUGGAGAUGCUGCUGCACAGGCACUACUACCUGCAGGGCAUGAUCGACUCCAAGGUGAUGCUGCAGGCCGUGCGCUACUCCCUGUGCUCUGAGGAGUCUCCUGAGAUGACCAGCCUGCCGUCCGCCACGCUGGAGGCCAUCUUCGAUGCAGACGUCAAGGCCACCUGUUUCCCUAGUAGCUUCUCCAAUGUGUGGCACUUGUACGCCCUCGCGUCUGUCCUUCAGCGCAACAUCUACUCCAUCUACCCCAUGCGCAACCUCAAGAUCCGGCCUUACUUUAACCGCAUCAUACGUCCCCGCCGCUGUGACCACACGCCGGCCACGCUGCACAUCAUGUGGGCUGGCCAGCCCCUCACCAGCCACCUCUUCCGCCACCAGUACUUUGCCCCUGUGGUGGGACUGGAGGAGGUAGAGGCUGAAGAUGCCACGGGCCUGGGCCCGGCUCCUCCGCCACCGCCGGCCAAGACCCCGGAGCUGUUCAACCGGGACCCUGGCCUCAGCUACUCCCACCUCUGUGAGCGCUACAGUGUUGCCAAGAGCACCUUCUACCGCUGGCGGCGGCAGUCCCAGGAGCACCGGCAGAAGGUGGCCACCCUCUUGUCGGCCAAGCACUUCCUGCAGGACAGCGUCCACCGUGGGGGUGUAAUGUCGCUGCAGCAGUUCCUCCAGAGGUUUCCCGAGAUCUCCCGUUCCACUUAUUACACCUGGAAGAACGAGCUGCUGGGCACUGGCGCCCACCAGCCUCUGGCCCCCACGCAGGCGCUGGCGAGCGAGGAGCUGGAGAAGCUGCCAGAAGAGCAGGUUGCUGAAGGGCUGGGAUGCCCCUUGCUGGCCGUGGCAAGCCCUGGAAUGGUCUUCAUGCAGCGGGCUAAGUUGUACCUGGAGCACUGCAUCUCCCUGAACACACUGGUGCCCUAUCGCUGCUUCAAACGCAGAUUCCCCGGCAUCUCCAGGUCCACCUACUACAACUGGCGCCGAAAGGCCCUCCGAAGGAACCCCAGCUUCAAAACGGCACCAGUCCUCUCCACGGCCCCGGCUCCCCAGCCAGCAUCUACUGGGGAAGAGGCCCUACUCCCUUGGAAGGGUGAGGCGGGAGAGGGGGCAGGGAAAGCAAAGGGUGGGGGACCACCCGCCCCCCGGGUGUUCCUGCCCCUGAGGAUGCCCCUGUACCGUUGGCAGAGGCGUCUGCGCAGAGCUGCCCGCAAGCAAGUGCUGAGUGGGCAUCUCCCCUUUUGUCGCUUUCGCCUCCGCUACCCCAGUCUGUCCCCCUCCACCUUUUGGGUCUGGAAGAGUCUUGCGCGGGGUUGGUCCAGAAGCCUGUCCAAACUCCAGAUGCAGGCCCCCAACUUGGGCAAAGGGGUUGUGCAGGAGGCUGAGGAGAAGCGAGAGAAGGAAGAUGGUAGGAAUGUGACAGCUGCCAUGGCCCAAUCUGCCGGGACCCCAGAGGUGGCAGCUUCUCCAGGAGAUCCAGGGAAGGUCCAGGGAGGGCCUUCCAGAGAGAGGGCCCUGCAAGAGGGGGCCAUGGCCCCGGACCUGCCCUACAGUGGGUCCCGAUACAGCCACCCUCUGGAGGCAGCGGCAGGUGGCAGGGACAGCCAGGUGCUGGUGAUGGACAUGCUCACCACCGCAAAGUUCAAGGCUCAGGCCAAGCUGUUCUUGCAGAAGCGGUUCCAGUCCAAGAGCUUCCCCUCGUACAAGGAAUUCAGUGCCCUCUUCCCCCUCACCGCCCGCUCCACCUACUACAUGUGGAAGCGGGCUCUGUAUGAUGGCCUCACCCUGGUCGAUGGCUGA